AUGGCCCACGACGAGGAAAUGCGAAUCAAGAGCAUUGGCGGAGGGUCUUUGCUGAUUGCCUGGCAGCUGAAGGACAAGAAGGUGCUCAUAGUUGGUGGCGGAGAAGUUGCCUCUCAGCGCGUCGAGUCCAUCCUCACGGCGGAUGCGUUUAUCACGGUGCUCUCCCCAGAAAGCGGCCUCCAUCCUCGCACAAAACGAUUUAUUAAUCUCAGGAGCGAUCGCGUCACCCACCACGCUCGCCCGUUUUCCGGCCAGGAGGAGCUGGAUGGUGCAGAAAUGGUCCUCACCGCGCUCGACGAUAAUGACCUCUCGCGCUCCAUCGUUGAGAUGUGCCGUGCGCGUCGCAUCCCCGUGAACGCAGCAGACAUUCCCGACCUAUGCGACUUCUACUUCGGCGCCCAGAUUCGGGACGGCCCCCUUCAGAUCGUGAUCUCGACGAAUGGGAACGGGCCGCGAAUGGCGAGCCUUAUCAGGACGAAGCUGCAGAAGGGGCUCUCGGGGAGAGAAGGAGAGGCCAUCACGAAGAUUGGGCAGUUGAGGAAUAAGUUGAAGGAGAGGGCUCCCGGUGUUGGAGGGCAGCUUGGGAAAGAGAGGAUGAAGUGGAUGACUGCUAUGUGCAAUGAAUGGGCAAUAGAGGAUUUCAUACUUCUGGACGAGGGCUCAAUGGACAAGGUGCUCGACGAAGGGUGGGAGAAGAACAAACGGGUCCCUUCGUUGAACGAAGUUGGGGUUCGCCGUCCUCAGACGUCUUGGAUUACGACCUUCAUACUACCAGCCUUGCCAACUGCAACAGUAUUUGUGGCGGGGGCACUUGCUGCAACACUACUUCUUACGCAUCAUCCAAGGCCAUGA